AUGCGUGCCCCGGGCGUAUGCAUCAAUACAACCAAGACCUGCGGCCAAGGUAUCACGCUGCACCGAGCCGCGCACACGAUUAUUAUGGAGGCGCAGGCCAUAAGUGCAGACAAGAACCAGGCAUUUAGCCGACAUCACCGCCACGGCCAGAAAUUUUCCGUUGUGCAUGAAUAUGCGCUGCAAGACAUCCAGGCGGACGAGGAAGAAAGGGUGAGCAUUUCCAAGCUAUUCCGAGAGAUUUUGGGCGAGGCAGAUGAGGGCGCACAUGCCAUCCAUCAAUACACCCUCUUGGUGUGGCAAUGUGGCUAUCGGAUGUAA